GACUGCUGAAUAAUUUUAAUUUGUUUUUAAAAUUCUUAUUCUCGCAUAAUUAACAAGAAUUAAUCUUACACAGGACCGGUUGGUCAAGGUCUGAGAAGAACAGAUCCAUAUGGCGUAGAAUACGCAAUUGGUUCUGCUGUUGAAACGAUUGAUACGACAUAUGUGGAGUCACCAAAGUCUCAAAACAGCUGUAUAUAUAUGUUUGAUCGAGCAAUGUGAAUUUAUCUUUUUAAAAUGAAUGAUACAUUUUUACCGAGUGUCCAAAGUAGCUGUAUGUGUAUUAGAAACAUAGAAACAUAGAAUUUGACGUUAGAUAAUCCAGACAGCACCUUUUUUAUCCUUUAGGUAAUCUAAACCCUUUUUGAACCUUAAUUCUUUGUAAGGAUAUUCAUAUCUCUAUACCAAGCAUGUUUAAAUUGUUCUCCUGUCUUAGCCUUUAUCACGUCUUAUGGUAUGAAAUGAUUUUAAAUUACUCAUUUGUAAUUUGCAGAUAGCCCUAACCGACUAUGCGUGGAAACAAGCUUUGAAAAGUAUAUGAGCGAUGUGCAAAUGAGCCCGCAACCGUCACCGGAGUCAGAACCGCUAGCGGGGUUUUCUAUCGAUACAUUCAAUGAAGUAUUAUAUAAGAUGGACCCAAAAGGAUAUUGCUGUAUAAAUACAUCGGAUGAUGAAAUGGUUGAAGAAGCAGUGCCCUGUACAAGCACAACUGAUACAACAUCGCAUUGCCCUGAUGACAAAGAGAAUCAACACAUACCACCGCCGAACAGACAUUUACAUCUAGUUGGUUAUACGCCAUUGAUAAUGAAUCAGCUGUAUAGUAAAAUUAAUCCAAACAGUCGUGUGAGUGAUGUGUCGCGCACAACGCAUUGGGUGAAUGAAACACCUAAACAACGGGGUGUGAAGAGGAAAUUGGAUUAUACAGACAAAGCAGAGUCUAAAAGAAGGAGGUUGACUGCAUUACAAGAUGCGCCAAUUAGCUGUAACAACAGCAACAAAUUCAAGGUGUUGCCCGAUCAGGACGAUGAUGAUGAACAAGCGACCUGUGUUAGUGUUAAAACUGAUGACGCAGGGAGUGCAAAAGGAGCCUACAGAGAAUACCACACAGCCUUAAUAUUGAGAAAGACAGACGUUUUCAAUAACAGAGGUAACAAUCUGUGUCUGGCGGCUAGCCUCUGCAAACUUCUGGACAAAGAUAACUCCACAGACCACGUGAUACAUGAGAGGGCUCUCGAAAUUCAUAAAGCUUUGAAUUUGCCCCUUGAUAAAAUGAUCAGCUUUAGUGAUGUUGUUUGUUUUGAAAACCAUUUAAAAGGCAUCAAUUAAAAUACUUUAUUACAGUAACGGAAAUUGGAAUUACUAUAGCACAGAGUGUCGAUACAAAGACAACAUACUGUUCAUUUUAUGGUACAAUGAUCAUUACUAUGGUAUUUUGGACAUUAAAGCUUCUGUGGGUGCCCGUUACUUCUGUAAAUUUUGCAACAGUGUGUACCACCUCAGACAUAAGCAUGACUGUCUUUUCUUUUGUAAGUCAUGUCUCAGACAGGAUUGCGUUGAUACAGGCCAGGCAGCGCUAAGGUGUACGCAGUGUAGGGUGAUUUGCAGGUCAACAGACUAUUUAGAGAUGCACAAGUCUUUAGCAUUGGCUUUGAAAUUGCCGUGCCUUCAAAAAAUGUAUUGCAAUCGAUGUGGGAUGUACACAAAUCCCGACCACACGUGUCGGGGUAUGAAAUGCCCAAUUUGCAAAGCAAAUCUUGACAAUUUUGCGGGUCAUUUGUGUUACAUUCAAAUCAUUAAACCUGUGAUUCCUACUUUAAAAUAAUUUUUUAGGAUUUUGAAUGCAUGCAAGAAACGAGCGUGCACAUACCUAAUUUCUGUUAUGCAUUAACGCUAGUGGAUGAAAAAUCCUGGGAGUUUCAGGGCUCUGCUUGUAUCGAAGAUUUUGUAAAAACAUUCAUGAGACCAAAAUUUGAGGGAUACACAUUCAUAGCCCAUAAUGCCGGGUGUUAUGAUGUGUACUUUGUAAUGCGACAGUUGAUUAAGGAAAAAUUGAAAACCUCUGUGUUGGCACAAGGCGGUAAACUGUUGUGCAUAAUGGUGAGUGAUUUAAAUAUUCGAUUUAUUGAUUCUUUAAAUUUCUUGCCCAUGUGCCUCAGUCGUUUACCAAAAGCAAUGGGUUUUGGAGGUUUAAAAGGACAUUUCCCACAUUUUAUUAACACUGCCGCUAACAAAAAUUAUAUAGGUGCCAUGCCCGAUAUUCAGCAUUUCUUCAUGCAAUAUAUGAUGGAACCAGAAAAGGUUGAAUUCAAAGAGUGGUAUGAGAGAUACAAGCAUAAGUCAUUUAACUUCCAGGAUGAACUUAAAUGCUAUUGCAAGGAGAAUGUGGUAAUAUUACAGAGGGCUUGUAAGAUGUUCCGAGAUGCCGUUAAAUCGAUGACCGAACAGGAAAAUGUUGUAUAUAAGAAAAAUAAGCUGGUCAUUGUUAAGAGAUACGUUGAUCCCUUUCAACUAACCACUCUUCCAGCAGUUUGCAUGGCUAUGCACCGAUGUAGAUUUUUAAAGGAUAACACGUUGGCACUUGUACCGGGUGAUAACUAUCACAAGACUCAGAAGCGUUACUCAACACCAGCCAUACAGUGGUUAAUGUACAUAGUGCAUACAGAAGGCAUAGACAUAAGACACGAGUUACAAGGAGGUGAGAAGAAAGUUGGUAGCUACUACCUGAAUGACUAUUCAGUGGUCGUGGGGCAGAAAUGGCGUUUGAGUUCCAAGGUUGUUUUUAUCAUGGUUGUAGCGCUUGUUACAACCCCGAUGAUGAAAACAAAGUGACUCAAAUGACCUACGGUCAAUUACACCACAAGACGCAGGUGAGAAUUAAUUUUCUUAAGUGCUGCAGCUUUCACGUGUGUGUUAUUUGGGAGUGCCAGUGGAAAAAAAUGUUACAGGAUGAUAACCAUCUACAGGAGUUUCUUAAGGGCAAAGGUUUGCCGAACCCUUGGACCCACGAGAUUCGCUUUACGGCGGACGUACAAACACCAUAAAGCUGUAUCAUAAAACACAACAGGACGAGUAGAUACACUACUAUGAUUUUACCAGUCUAUAACCAUUUGUCAACAAAACCAAAUCCUAUCCUGUAAAACAUCCCAGGAUCAUUUAUAAAGAUUUUGGCGAUAUCACAAUAUAUUUUGGUAUCGCUAAAGUAAAAGUGUACCCGCUGCGUGGGCUUUUCUUUCCGGUUCUACCAGUUAAAAUGCUCGGUAAACUAAUGUUUCCUUUAUGUCGCACAUGCGCUGAGUCUGGACUGGCAGAGUCAUGCGAACAUAGUGAUGAGGUACGUGGUGUACAGUAGAAAUAAAGUUAGCAGUUGACAAGGGAUACAAAGUGUGUAAAAUCUAUGAAGUGUGGCAUUUUGAUGAACGAUCUGAUGAUUUGUUUUCAGGUUACAUUAAAAUGCAUCUUAGGGAUAAACAAGAAUGGUGUACAGACUCUGAGAAACGCCAGGCAUAUAUAGACGCCUAUUAAAAAAAUGAAGGUGUGUCUUUACGAUCCGAUCACAUAGAAAUCAACCCCGCAAAAAGAAAAAUUUCAAAAUUGUUUUUAAACUCCUUAUGGGGAAAGUUUGAUUUUUGAAUACGCGUUUUUACCUCACUAUGAAGUGUCUGCUUUAGACUUUAUCGAUGACGAUACUGUCAUAGUAAAUUGGAAGUACGCCAAAGAUCAUUACACCCGAUCAAGUAACUGUAAUAUUUUUAUAGCUGCGAUUACAACAGCACAUGCUAGGAUUGAACUGUACAAACUAUUGGAUAGAUUACAAGAACGUUGUCUUUACAACGAUACAGACGCUGUUAUUUUUGUAGGCAGGCCCGGUGAUUGGAAUCCGUCAUUGGGUGAUUAUCUAGGCGAACUGACUAGCGAAAUACCUGCCGGUACGCAUAUAACAGAGUUUGUCUCAUCAGGCCCCAAAUCAUAUGGCUAUCGUCUAAAUAACGGAAAGACCAGUUUAAAAGUUAAAGGUAUCACGCUCAACGUUAAUAAUGCGCAACAUGUCAACUUUGACAGCCAGAAAGAGUUGGUCUUAGAUUACCCUUUAAACCCCGAAGGGGACAACAAGAAAAAAAUUGUGAUACGUCAAUCCGGCAAAGUGCAGUUUAAAAAGUAUUGGCAAAUUGAAACGCGCAUGCUGCAGAAAAUGCAAAAGUGCAUUUACACUAAACGGAGGCUUACAGAUAACUUCAGAACGCUUCUGUUUGGUAAUUAAGAUGGAUAUCAGACUGCAACAUCCCAUUUCAUGUAUUUUAGCAGGCCCCUCCAAUUCGGAUAAAAGUUACUUUGUUAAAAUGCUGCUGCAAAAUACCACAUCUAUCGCACGUUCCCGAUAAUAAUGUUUGGUUUUACGCUUGCUGGCAAUCUAUGUAUGAUCAUUUGCUGCGUGAUUUCCCCGGUAUGCGGUUUAUUGAAGGACUGCCUGAGACUUUUAACGAUGACCAACUUUUUCCACCUGAUAAGGUUAACUUAGCUGUGAUUGAUGAUCUGAUUGAUUCGGCUAGUAAUAAUACAGAGAUUGAGAAAGCUUUCACAAAGUAUGUACACCAUAGAAAUCUGAGCAUCUUGUACCUUGUGCAAAAUGUGUUUUGUCAGGGUAAAAAGAGCAGAACUAUACAUUUAAAUACAAAAUAUAUGGUUCUUUUCAAAAACCCUAGGGAUAAAUUGCAAGUGACAAUGCUGGCUAGACAGAUGUAUCCCGGUAAAUCAAGGUUCUUUUUAGAGUCUUUUGAAGAUGCGACCAGCGUUCCUUAUGGGUAUUUACUGGUUAAUUUAAGAAACAACACGCUUGACGAGUACCAUUUACGAAGUGGUUUAUUUCCACCAGAUACACCAGUAGCAUAUGUCAUUAAAAAGCAUGCUUCUAAAAAGCAGUAAAUCUACAACUUUUAGUCAUUUAUCUUAGCGCCACUUAGUGCCUUUACAUCAUAAUUGGACGCUUUUAAAAGCAUUAAUAAAGGCAACACCGACUCAAAGAAAUGCUAUUUUAUCCAACGCUUCAAACGAUUUUGUGAAAACAAUUUGUGAGAUUCUCAACAUACUUAAAGGUAAAAUACCAUUGUCACAACGACAGUUGAAGUACCUUAAAACGAAGCGGGCCCUUAUAAAAUUGCUUUGUAAUAAGAAAUGCAACAUUGGUAAAAAGAAGCGGUUGGUGAAAUAGUCUGGUGGAUUUAUUGGCUCGUUGCUUGGUUUUGCCAUACCAUUAAUAAUGGGUCUCCUGACUAAUCGUUGAUGGAAUACGCUGAGAAAAUGUAUCUAGUGCCUCAGCAGCAGUUAGAACGUUUACGCAACAAACCGGUUAAUGAUGAUAUACAUAAAACAGUCAAGCACGGUCUGGAUGUGGAAAUCAUAAACAUACUACAGAAUAAUGAUUUAUCGGAAUAUGAUAAAGCUAAAUGUUACACUGCUGCUUUGCAGAAAUAUCUGGUGUUGAGUAAGCAAUCUGAUAGAGAAAGGUCAUCUUGAACUCUUUUAAUGCCCAAAAUGUCAACUGAUCCUCAAACAACUCUGAUCAGUCAGACGGUUCUGACUCUGUUUAUCACGAUGUUGUGGCCAGCGUUAAUGGUAUAGGAAGAACUCUGAAAUUCUUUUGAUUAAAAUGGCCGGGUCUAAACACAUCACAAACUGGAACGCUAAAGGCGAGUUUCUGUAUAAAGGUAACACUGUACAGGGAUGCAACAUGUUAGAUUUAAUAAGACACAUCACGCAAAGCCACAGCGUGUCGAGCCGUAAAAUGCUGAAUGGGUGGAGUGAAAUUAUGCACGCUAUGGCUGAAUUAAAUAUCCCAUCCACUGUAGUCGGCAAUGCAUCAAAUAGAAUGUACCUAGACCAUUUAAAAGCAGAAACAUACUCCGUUGAUGAUGACUUUUUAUUAACUCCAACGCUAGAAGCGUAUAAAAAAAAAGGCGCUUAAAUGUUUUAAGCAGCCCCGGUUUAACAACGACUCACGGUUGCUUAAUGCCUAGAAAAUGAAUAGAAGGAUUGCUACAGGAUUUACCGUGGUUGAGUCUAUAAUCUAUUUCUAUUAUAUAUUGUUUUUAAGCUUUGGCAUUGCAAUAAAGUUUAAAAAAGUUUAUUAUAGUUAUGAAACAUUGUAUAUAAAAUGCUUUAAACAUCGUACU